AUGGAGAAGACUGUAAUGGGCAUUCGAAACAACACCACGUGUCGCACAAGCUUUCUUGAAAGGUACUCAGAUAAACGACACUAUGGAAGCGGGGACAACAACCGCUUCCCCUUGUCCAGCAAACCCGACGUGGGUGGAAAUUCGAGGUCAACAAAAUGCACAUUGUGCGAGAUGUACGCCUCCAAAAACCACCUGCGCGUCAUCGGAAGGGAACAGUCGCCUCACUGCCACAACAUGGACUUUUUAAGACAUCCUCGGUGGCUUGAACAAUCCUCUCCAAAUACACGAGAGAUAGAGGCCGCCUCUCAGCAUGGCUCCGGUAGCCAUCCCACGUUCCGCAAAUGA